CCUCCGCCCCACGUCUCUGUUUUGUCCUCAUCCAGCAGCACGGUCUUUCCUUCUUCGCCCCGGACCACACCCAGCCCCCUCCCCUCCCAAGCUCUGUCUUCCACCUCUCAGUCUACGUCUCUCACCUCCUACAUCCCCACGUCUCAUCCCAUGUCGUCCACCAUGGGAACGACAGCCAUCCUCAGCUCUCCAGUGACCAACCUCACCUCUGGCCAGUCUAGUACCACUGUGCAGGCGACCACAGUGAUCCUGCCCAGUUCCACCCUGGGUCACGGAAGCUCAUCCUUGCAUACUGAAGGCUCCUUGUCGACCCGGGGCACCUCUGUCUCUUCUCUGGUCACCUCUCCAACCGAGUCCUCAGGGAUCUGCGAUGUGAAGGAACUUCAGCAGGAGAUCACAUACAAAGGGUGCACAGCCAACGUGACAGUGGCCCGCUGUGAGGGCUUCUGUGCCACCUCGACCAGCUUCAACGUCCACACAGAGCAAGUGGACACCCACUGCGGCUGCUGCUACCCUCUCAGCUCCUAUGAGAAGCGGUUGGUGCUGCCCUGCUCAGACCCCGACGCGCAAGGACAGCAGCUGGUUCUCACGCUGCAGAUGUUUAGCAGCUGUGCGUGCAGCACCCGGAGCUGUGGGGACUAGGGGACACAGCCCCCUGGGUGUGAGGACAAAGCACCGCUCCCGACACCACCCGCUCCCUACCUCCCCCUACGCUGGCUUGCUGUGUCCCGAAGCCCCCUGCUCCCACAAGGCACAGCGUCAG